AUUAAAUAACAUAUUUAGAAAAUCUGCAAUGAAAAAGGAUGAUAUAAUUGCAUUUUAUGUGAAAAGAGAUGCGAAAGAGACCUAUAAUUAUGACAUUUUGCCAGAUGAUAGAGUUUCUUUAUUUUCUUCAAUAAGAGAAUCAUAGCACUAUAAUUAAAAGACUUUGAUUUUAAGUAGUUAACCUACGAUAUAUUGUUCUCUAAGCAUCUGUAGUUUUUUGAUUGCUCUAUCAAAUUUGCCAGAAGAAGAUCGGAUUUAUUUUUUUUAUGAUGAUCCAUUAUCAUAUAAUGUUGGGUUGAUUGUAAGUUAUUAAAUUAAGUAAGAGGUUUGUAUGUGUGGUCUUUGUAUACUUGGCAUAAUAAUAUCAGAAAUAAUUAAGAGAUCAUUUACAAAUAAGGAGAUGGGAACUUUGCCGUUUUUGACAAAGAAGAAACAUAAAAUGAAUUUUAAUCCAACAAUCUGUUUAGCAGGAUAAGUUGCUCAUUUACUUUUACUUAUUGAAAUUAUUCUCCAAACUAUGCCAACUUAGUUAUUUUAGCAUGAAACAUUGAUGGAUUUAUCAUUUUUGUUGAAUGUGGUUUAUUUUACUUAUGCAAAUAGCUUUCUAGAGAAAAAGAAAGCUUCUUAAAUGCAUUAUAUUCCUUUUGUUUUAUACAUCUGUGUCACACUGGGAUGUAAUAUUAUUUUUAAUUUAGAGUGCUAUGCUAAAACAAUUCCAUGAAGUUACAAUAUACUCAUAUAUGGAAGGUGUAAACAGAGAGAGUUAUUUUAACAUAUAUGGGAAUUAUGUUGCAAGGAAUAUAAUUUUAAUUUUUUAGACCAGCUAUUAAAGAGAUGGAGAAAAAUCAAAAUAUCUUAGCAGAAGUUCUUUGA